CCGCGUGGAGGAGAGGGAGGACUGAAGAGGAGGACGGAGGAGCAGACGAACAGGAGGAGGACAGAACUGCGCUCUGAAGGAAGCUUCUACUUUUCUUCUUCUUCGUGUUUUUCUSAUGUUUUGGACCUCGGAUCGUUUGAAUGUGGUUCUGUGCUGCGCACGCGCUCACACGAGCAUGCUCAGGUGAACUCAUCAGCACCUUCCUUUCUUUGUGUUCACGUGGACGGGUUCACGAGCCGUGCGUGCUGAGCGCGUGCACGCAGCGGAUCGAUUAGGAUGAAUUUCAACGCUGAACUUAAGGGAUUUAUUAACACCACAGAAGAAGAAGAAAUGAUGGGCUGAUUGGUGUCACAGAGGCUCCAGAACCCAGAGGAAGACAGCUCACAGCAUGGUGGAUGCCAGCCCAACUCACAGAAUGAAUCCACUAGCAGCUUUCAGCAUCGAUCAAAACUCUUUGGUAGGAGAAAAUCUCCGCUUCCCUGGGGGUAUCUUCUACCCCGGCAUCCAUCCUCUGUCUGCACAAAAACCCCAAGAACCUGACACUGCAGUCCGACUUGGUUAUGACCUCCUGUACAAACCCGAUGGAUCCCUUCUGGAAGGCCAGAAAACUGUAAAUGGUUGUGUUGAACUUUUUAAAAAUCUACCUCCAGGCAUGCAGAAACCUCUGCUUAUUCCUGCUGCUGAUGGUAAUGGUCUAGGAUUGAACAGUCACAUUGUAUCAGUUGACAAACAGUCAGAACUGGGCUUGAAUGGCACUAGUAAUUUUGUAAGAGUGCCCUGGAUCAGUCCUUAUGGAGAUGCUACAAUGUACCCCUUCCUGGACAUGGCAUACAAGGCCUCCUUCUUGUCACAGCCAUCGUCCUUCAUCCAGCAGCAGCAGUUGUUAUAUCAAUCUUUGUGUGCCACUGGAAGUCCUGUAYCAUGUAACGAAAGACUGUUUUAUCUUCCUCCUUACGCUCCAGCCCAUAUUGCCUCCUCACUGGGUCCUCAGAUCAGGAUGUCCUCAGCCAAUCCCACUCCUGCUGUCCUUUCACCCCUGCCCCACAGCCAGGACCAGGCUUUGCAAGGCYAUGGACCGCAAUUACAUCAAGAAAAUUCCACCUUCAGUUCCAAUACUAAGAUUCACCAAGAACCCCGGGCUGGAAACCAUACUGAGCAACAACGUGUUGGCAGCAGUGGAGAAAAGACAUGUCACCAAAGUUCUAGCAAGAAUACUCUCAGCAGUGGUGCUCAUGUCAACUCUGCUUCAACUUCCCAGCCUCCAUGCUCAGUUCCCCCACUGCAGUCCCCCAGCAGUAACCCUGUAGACCUUCAGAAACCUCUUUACAAGAGUGUCACCUCAUCUUCAGUCUCACCUUCAGUGUCUCAUCCCUUCUACAUGAACUCUCAGCACAGCUCUUCCAUGCACUCAGGCAGCAACAAAACCAAAGAUGCCAGUUCAGACAGUCGUAAUGCAGAAGCUUCUUUAAAUACUUCACCGGACAGAAACUUACCUCAGAAGGGGACCAAAAAUGCAGCAGAGAAAACAGACUCUGCCAAAGAGUUUAAUGAAUUCCCAUCCAAAGUUGAGGCACUGACCAAGUUGGGGUAUUUACCACCAUCUGAUUACAAGCUGUUACUCAAUCAAGACAAGCACCUCAAAGAGGGACGAUCUGCACCCUUUAACGUAUCAGCCAAGAUUUCAAAUAAUGACACAAUCUGCACUGCACCUUCUGUGGGGGUAGCUUUAUGUCCAAUUACAUCAAAUCAUAACAUUUUCUUGCAAACUGCAACUAGAAGUAAAGUAGACAGUAYUCAUUGUCAGCAGAAGCCCCAAGGCUCAAAUGGAUCUGCAAUAGGUCAGUCAACCAAUAUCUGCAGUCCUACCUCAAGUGGACAACUUUCAGCAAAUCUACCAAAAUCAAAAAUUGAACAGCCCCAGAUUUGUCCUGCUGAGUCUGGAAAAUCAAGCAGCAAAGAGGAAGCUUCUUCUGGAAAACCGAGUAAAACUCCUUCUAAACCUGAAGCACCAGAGAACCGAUCUUGUUCUCCAGAGUCUCAACAGUCUUGUAUAGAAAACMCCUCCAGACAAAUCUAUGGAGGCUCUUACCUCCCUCCUGGUUUAGGUUACAGUAACCAUUACAUCCCUUACUCAGCUGCACAGAAUAUGUGUGUUCAGCAAAUAUCAAUACCAAGUAAGGGUCCCAUGUAUCCACAUUCACUGUUACUUGGCCAUAGCAAAUUUUACCCAUCACACAUCACAGCAAAACAUGGCUUCUUGUAUGGAGGACAUCCAUAUCAAAGUUCUGACAAAAUGACUGUAACGUCAGUGUCAGCUUUUCCUAGUCUUAAAAGCACACAACAAGAGAGCGGGUCUAAAAACCAGGAACCUUUCAGGAGCCAGGAAGAGGAUGAUGUUAACCACUCCGAUGGCAGAGAUAAACUCUUAAACCGAACAUUAAAUGUAUCAGAUAAAAACAGUCCUGUUGUUCGAGAAAAUAUAAUCUGCAUCGACCUAGUUCGUGAUGAAGACGAUGAAGAUGAAGAUAUUUGCAAUAAUCUCUGUUCUCCUAUAGAAGGUUUGCAAGGCAUCAAUGGAAGUAACCAAAACAAAGGCCUGUGGCCUCCAAAAACCCUUUGCCUGAGCCAAAGUGCAGAACAGACACUGAGUUCACAGACCCAUGUUUCUCUUACAAAGGAAGAGGUCUCAGAGGACCCUCUGGGUCCAUUCUCAAACAUCCCAGAGGAGCAGACAAUGCAAUGUGCCCGAACUUCUCCAUGGCAAUUUACCAGAAACUAUAGAAUAAGAACCUCUGGUGACUUGACUUGUGGUGGAAAUGGUGCUGUUGAAAUUAAACAAGACACUUCAGCCACUGAACAUGCCAAACCUCAUCAAAGCCCUUCUAAAAUGAGGAGCUCAUUAGUGCUCACUGGCCUUGAAAGUAGUUCCAGUGACGUUAACAACAAUAUAGGAGUGAAGUAUACAGUCUCAAGUCCGAAGAGUCCAUCUUAUGGGGCCAGUCCACCUUCAGAAUAUCCAUUACGGAGCAGUAAGGCAGUAGCAUGUACAGAUUUCAGCCCUCAGGACUCACCCUGCGGGAGUUUUAAUCCUAAAGUUCUAGUUGGAGGAGUUGUGAAGUCCAUACCUCUUCCGUUAUCUGCCAGCAUCGACCCCAGAGACCCGACAUGUAACAGUCCAAACAGAAGUGCUGAUGGACCAUGUUUCAGAAAUCUUAAUUUAAGGAUGUCAACUAAUGACCCAGGAUUUUUCAGUUGUUCAACUUGUGGAAAUGGUAAUCUAGAGGGUUCAGGUUCCACUGCCAACAGUCUCCAAGUUACUGGUGAAAACUGUAAAGCUAUGUGGAAAAAUGCCAAUCUGAGAGGUCCUGCAUUUGGAAAAGGUAACCUUAGUAGUCCCACUAGGGAAAGUAUCCUCUCAAAGACCCCCACAUCAUGUGCAAGUAGAAAUCUGGAGGUCCCUUCAUUUGAAAAUGAUUUUACUCCAGGUCCAGCCUGCCAGAAACUUUCACAUACUAACGGAGGUUUUAACAGGGUCAAUGCAAAUAUGACCCCAGAGAUUAACAGUGGCAAUCAAACCACCAAAGCCAACAACAGCUGUGGAAAUGAAAAGACAGACUCCAACAUCCAGAAUGACCUAGAUGAAGGACCUGGUUGUAGCAAGAACCAGCAGUCAGGCCUAAAGAAGGGCAUCAUCAACUUGUCUGGCUACGUGGGUGAUCCAUUCAAAUAUGUGACCAAAGAGAUUGACACAGAUGUUACUGAGCUGGGCAAAGACCAGAGAGCUGUACAGGGUUACAGCCUCACUCGCCACAAAGACGACUUUUAGUUGACCACCACUCCAACAAGAAAGAUGACUCAACAGAAAAGAAGAGUGAAGAUGAAGAAGGGAGAGGUCCUUUGGAGAAAAAGAAAAAUGAGAGCACAGGCUUUACAUUGCUGUCGGAUCAACAAGAAAAAUUUCUACCGACAUCCAAAAGUCAGUUUCAGGGAACCUCCUCCAGUCUGGUCUCAAAUUCAAGCAUGGCAGUAAACCGGCGACAGAUCUUCAGCCUGGAACCAUUCCAUCAGAGCAGCAUCAUCAGCAGUCGACAGAAGAGAGGCAGAGAUGAGGACAUGGAGGACAAGGAUGAGACUGGAAAUCUCAACAAGAAAAUCAAACUCACCAAUGACUCUACUCUGGAAGACAUUAAAAAUCUGAAGGUCUGCAUCAAGUUAAACGGACUUCGACUUAACAAGCCCUGCCUACCAGGAGAGCUCAGCCAAUGGCUGCCCUCCAGCGAGAGGUCGGCAGAGGUGGACAGGAAGGUCAGAAUGGAUUCCCUGCCUGUCAGGGGAAGGUUGGAGGUCAACAGCAGCUGUUACGAGCCCAGGUUUCCRAGGAGAAACACAUCAACAGUUUUCCAUGUGGCUCCAGCCUCCUGUGGCACACAUCCAUCCCAGCAGUCAGUAAGCUCCAUCCCCUGGCUAUCAGCUCCCACGUCUGUCACCUCCCUCACCUCUUCCUGCCACCAGGAUAAACACCAGAAGCUGAAUGACAACCUCAAAGACUCCACCUUCCCCCCUCGUCAUCCCACUUCCUCCUCACCUGACCGUCAGGUGUCUCUUUGCCAUGGUGGCAACCUUGAUAAGCCAAGGGGAAAGCGUCCUUUCAAAAUGAACCACACAAGAGGGGAUGCAGUAAAGGGAGAGGAGAGAGAUGAGAAAGGAAGUGACAAUGAGGAGCUGUCUUCGUCUGACCCAUUUGGCUCACCCGACCAGCUCCCCUCCUCUCAGACCACUCACUCCGCUCGGCCCAUUCCUCCAGAGGUGCGUCGGCUCAUCGUAAAUAAAAAUGCUGGAGAGACGUUGCUGCAGCGUGCCGCCCGACUGGGAUACGAGGAGGUGGUGUUGUACUGUCUCGAGCGGCAACUUUGUGACGUCAACCACAGAGAUAAUGCUGGAUACUGYGCCCUGCAUGAGGCCUGCGCUCGCGGCUGGCUGGUAAUCGUACGCCACCUGAUCAACCAUGGUGCCGAUGUCAACUGCAGUGCUCAGGAUGGAACCAGGCCACUUCAUGAUGCUGUGGAAAAUGACCACUUGGAGGUAGUGCGCUUCCUGUUGGCCUGCGGUGCUGACCCUACCCUGACCACCUACUCGGGGCGAAGACCAAUCAGCAUGACCCACAGUGCAGUCAUGGAAACCUUCCUGGAAGACUAUCUGUCUGACAUCCAGGGAAGGUCGGAGGGUGACCCGGGAAUCUACUGGGACUUUUACGGCAGCUCGGCGUGUGAGGCUUUGAGUGAAGUGGGAGUCUAUAACAUUCUGGCUGACCCACCGGGACCAGAGGAAGAWGAGGAGGAUGAAGAGGAUGAUGUGGAUGAAGAGCACCGUGCCAGACGGGAAGUGUUUGAGUUUGAGCUCUCUGAUCGACCGCUGCUGCCGUGCUACAACAUCCAGGUGUCGCUGUCACAGGGUCCCAGAAACUGGCUUCUUCUCGCAGACGUCCUCGGCCGGCUUCGGAUGACUUCUCGCUCCUUCCGCCGCCUCUUUCCGCAGCUGAACAUUCAGUCCAUCCCUGAAGAUGAGUUCUACCGGCAGGCAUCCCUGUCGCAGCUCCUCACGGGUCCCGAUGAACAAGAGCUGGCCUCCUUCAAACCCGAUAUCAAGGACCCGCUGGAGCUGGUGCAGGCCACCCCGGAGCUUGCGGGCAUGCUUGGCUCCUCCCUGGAGUUUGUGGACAGUCGCUGGGACUCACUAGAAGCUUCUCCGCCCCCGACACCUCCCUCCUCACCGAGACCACCUCAAUGUAUUAUUACACCGUUUCCAGUGCAGCAACAGAACGCAGAACCUGGUCCUAAAGUCAGAACUACAAAGUCCAAUUYAGGACUGAAAUGUUCAGGUCCUGCUGCUAGAUUAGACUUUAGCAAAUGGGAACCACUAAAACAAGAAGAUAAAAUUGUUAGGAUUACCUCUUUGGCAAAGCCAGGCAAUACUGUUACCGCUAGCCUUUGGGAACCACAAGGACAACGAAUCCAGAAUCCUGUCAUCAAUGGGACCACUCACUCAGACCCUAAGGGGGACUUUAAGAACUGGGAACAACAACAUCAAGGAAAUACCAAAUCUAACUCUGGGGACGGCAGGAACAUUUGGGAACCRCAGCGGCUACAAUGUAAAAGCUCGGGGAAUUCUAAAACCAAAGUCGUGAACGAUGGRUCCAAACCAACUCAACUUCAGAUUAAGAACACUGAGAAUUAUAAUCCUGCAAAUUUAAAAGAACAGGCAAAUGCUAACAUCUGGAAAAAUCAAGAAGGUACGGAAGUCAGGGUGUUGGAUUCUCCAAACACACCUGCUUUGGUUGAACCAAGGCUACAAAGUAAGACUUUUGAAACCUCCAGCCCUGUGAAGCUGGACAUCUGGGACCAUCAGAGAAUAAAGAGAACUGGUGGUUCUGUUGCAGCAUCGAAAAGAGACACUAACCCCUGCGAGGACUACAACCAAACAUGUAAGGCCAUAAAGAUGGAUGCUGCCUGGCAGAGGAACCUGACCAAUGUCAGAGUCCACAUCAGRGACCUGGGGUUGAAAGUUGCCAGCAUUCGGCAGGAUCUGAAGAAGGAAUCGGUUAAGGGAGUGGGAAAGAGUCCAAAAACCAAAACAAGGUCAUGAGACCAUCAAACACCACCAGGAAAUACUUCAUGUUGUAAACUCUGUAAAUAAACUCUGACUGUAACUGUGUCAUGUGCUAUGUGUAAACUGAAAAAAAACUUCUUCUUUUUUUAAUUUAUGAGCACUUUGGUCUUUGUGCAUUGAGUCUGAUGCAAAUAUACGUCUGUGGUGUUGAGAGUGUUGGUUCUGUCCAGAUAUCUUGUUGGCUUUUUUCACCAACUAUCGCUGUUCAAUAAAGUUAAAGAUGGAGGAUGAACUCA